AUGCUAAGAAAAGUUGCUUAUUGUAAGGUAAAACAAGUUGUUAAAUGUAAAAAAACCUUAUAUUCUAUAAAACAAAAGAUAGAGGUUAUUAAAUAUGCAGAGGAAUAUGAGAAUAAUAAAGUAGUAGAACAUUUUGAUAUUCAUUAUAAUAUGGUAGGACGUUGGGUAAAAGCAAGUUUGACCUGGAAUAUUAAAACUAAUGGAAAAAGUAAGCAAUCAAACCUUGAUAUAGCGAACUCUUGA